UAAAAACAACAUAGUGUUUCUAUGAUCAAUUCAAAGUCAUAGCCCUGUCACAUGACUCUAUGUUAAGACAAUACAAUAAAGAGAGGGAGUGGACAGAUGGGAGUGGAUAAACUGUUCUAUCUUCAUUAUCUCCUACAAAGUAGAAUUCAAAUACAGUGUGCUAUGUCAGCUGGUCAUGAAUCUAUAGGAGUAUCAGAGAAUACCAAAGCCGCAGAGGUUUGAUGUUGCAACACCUGGAAAUGUAUGUUACAACAACUUGAAAUUGAAGAAGAAGGAUGCAUUCAGGUAGAAAUGAAUUUCACCACGACUACCUUUCUCUGAAGCAUGUAUCUCUAUACUUCAUUAUCCCUUUCCUCCUCUCCUCCCCUUGGUUUAAUCUUAUUUACAAAGACACGUUUUGAUAUUCUAUUGCUUGACUUAUUUAUUUUUUUACAAAAAAAGGCUCAACUUCCUACUGUAGUAUUAGAAUAAUUCUUAAGGAGGGUUAAUCAGCAUUUACUCGAUCAUUCAUCCAAGCAGAAUCAGUCAAGGCUCUAUUUAUUUCUCUACAAUAUAUUCCAUUGUGUAUAUAUUUUUGUAAUUUCCCUUUACAAGAUACAGUAGCAGUAGUACAAUUUAUUGACACUGUCACAAGUUCUGAACUGAAGGUCCAAAGUUCAGCAUCACAUGAUCUAUACUGUAUGUUAAUUGGUGUCUUUGCUGCACAAUGGCUGGAUGAAUAUGAUUGUUUGGCUGAACCAACAGUUUUAGCUUUCAGGGUGCAACAUACUAAACAUUGCAGAUAGAAAUUCCAUAAAUAGAGAUGACAUGAUUCCUUACUCCACUCCUUACUUCAGCAUACCCUGUUAUGAUGAUAAUGUCAUCACACUGAUCUCAACACAGGUGUGUCUCUGAUGGUGAUGAUACUGGCAGCUCUCACCGUUCACAUCACAGCCCAAAGUCCUGCGGUCUUCAUCUUGUCGGUCCCACAUGGUCCAAUCUUGACCUGGUUGAACUCCUCAGUUUCUUUACCUUGUGAACUUUCACCUCUCUUCAAUGCGGAGCCAUUGGAGGUGCGCUGGUACCGGUCCGGUGAUUUCAACAAACCUGCCUUGUUGUACAAAGAUCACAAGAUCCAGGAUACGUCUGUGGACCCCCGGUACAGGGGCAGGGUGUCUCUAACUGGGGGGCUGGAGAGAGGGAAUGUGUCCCUGAGACUGGAGAGGGUCACUCUAGAAGACAGGGGGGAGUAUGUGUGCUAUGUUAGCAGUGAACAGUGGUACGACAAGGCCAUUGUACUCCUCACAGUGAAUGUAUUAGGUGAUAUCCCAGUUCUCUCUGUAGCUGAAGCAAGAGGAGGAGGAAGUCAGGUGAACGUUACCUGUUCAUCAGAGGGCUGGUCACCACAACCUACACUCACCUGGAGAAACAAAGCGGGGACAGAGAUCAGAAAUGGACAAGAAGUACACGACAUCUCGGAUCCUCAGGGCUUAGUGAGUGUCAGUAGUUGGCUGCUGUAUUCUCCCUCAGACUCCGAUUGGCUCUCCUGUACAGUCUCUCUGUCUGAGGAAGAGAAGAGGGAGGGAAGAAUAAUACCCAGAGCUCCAAUGGAGGGACAUUGGAGUCUUGGGGGCUUCAUCACAUUACUGGUCAUCAAUAUUUUAGUCAUCUCUACCCUAAUUGGGCUCUUCUUCUGGAACAAAAAAACAGGUAUAUUAACAAGAUUAUAUUAUUAAAUUCCAUGGCCAAGUCAUCACAAACCAACUUCAAAUCAAGUCAGACUGAUUACUUGGAUGAUUUGGGCAUGAAAUUGAAAACAUGUUAAUGUUGGGUACAUUGACCUACAUUGGUUUUAUUUGGAGAAUGUGUCAGUAAGCAGUGAAAGUGGAAAAAUCAAAGCAUGGAUUUCACUCUGUCCUUGUUCAUAUGAAACAAUAUGUAAUGUUGUAAUUUGGGUGAACUAUCUCUUUAACCAACACUAUUAUCAAAUACAGUGAGCUCCAAAGGUAUUGGGACAGUGACAUUUUUGUUUGUGUUUUGGCUCUGUACUCCAGCACUUUGGAUUUGAAAUUAUACAAAGACCAUGAGUUUAAAGUGCAGACUGUCAGCUUUAAUCUGCCUAGAAAGUGCUAUGCAAACUGAUA